UAGUCCAGCUGUGAUUCAGGCACCUUCCCCUGCUCGCCGCUUCAGCUUCUGGACCCAGAGGACAGUCAGUAUGAGGCUGCUCACUCAAACACUGUGCCUUCUCCUGGCUGUGGCCCUCAGCCGUGCUGCCCCAACGCAUCAUGACAUCUUGAUGGCAGAUCAGAAUGGAGACCACCAUGAAGGCAAGAGUGAUGAUAAGGCCCACCAUGGUGCCAACCCUGACCGCUGUGACGGACUGGAGUUUGACGCCAUUGCACCAGAUGUGGACGGAAUCACCUACUUCUUCAAAGGUGACCAUCUGUGGAAGGGCUACACAGGACCUGCUGUGCUCUCCAAUGGGAUCUUCAAGGAACUGGAUGACUAUCACAACCUGGGACAUGUGGAUGCAGCCUUCCGCAUGCACAAUGGGGAUGACCCCAAAGACCAUGACCACCUCUUCCUCUUCCUGAACAACAAGGUCUUCAAGUACUACAACCACAGCCUGGAAGCAGGCUAUCCAAAAGAGAUCCAGGAUGUAUUUCCAGGAAUCCCUGACCACCUGGAUGCUGCUGUUGAGUGCCCCAAAAAGGAGUGCACAGAAGAGACAGUCAUCUUCUUCAAGGGAGAUGACCUGUACUACUAUGGCAUGAGCAGCAAGACUGUAAAGCAGAAGAAGUGGCCUCUCCUCCCACACUGCACCUCUGCAUACCGCUGGUUGGAACGCUACUACUGUUUUCAUGGACACAACUUCACCAGGUUCCACCCUCUAACAGGAGAUGUGGAACCACAAUACCCCAAGGAUGCCCGCAAUUACUUCAUGAGGUGUGAGAACUUUGGCCACGGUCGCGAUUAUGUAGACUGCAACACCACUGCUCACCUGGAUGCCGUCACCUCAGAUGACAAAGGAAAGGCCUACGCUUUUAGAGGCAAACUGUAUUUACGUCUGGACUCCCAGCGGGAUGGCUGGCAUGCCUUCCCCAUCAGCAGCUACUGGAAAGAGGUGGACAGCAAUGUGGAUGCAGUCUUCUUCUAUGAUGACAAGCUAUAUAUAAUCAAGGGUGAUGUGGUUUACAUCUACAAAACAGAAGCACACUACACUCUUGUUGAGGGAUACCCCAAACCCCUGAAAGAGGAGUUGGGGAUUGAAGGCCCUGUGGAUUCUGCCUUUGUGUGUGUAGGCGAGAACACAGUGCACAUCAUACAAGGGAGCAAUAUGAAGGAUGUUGACCUGUCAGCCACCCCACGAUCAGUGACUAAGGAAAUUCCCAUUCCAUACUUUAAAAUUGAUGCAGCCUCGUGCGGUCCUGAUGGGGUUAGAGUGUACGUGGGAACAAAUUACUACCAGUAUGCAAACCCCAUGAUCAUGGCCGCCGGCAAAAUCAAGUCACCCACGUAUAAGGUCCCUCAGGAAAUGCUAGGGUGCAGAAACUAGGGAAGCAAUGGAAGUGCCAGGUGAGAUGAGGGGUGAGUUUCUAGGAAUAUGGUUUCAAUGACUACUGUCUCAAAAGCAAUGCUGUGAUUUUUCCUUGUUAAUCAGAUAAUACUGUUUUUCCAAUCCUUACUGUCCAAAUAAAGAUAGAAGAUUUGGCUAUGUAAAAAUAACACAGAAACACUAUUUUUCAUCUUUAACCACUGCAAACAUGAGAUAAUAAAGCCAGAGGCAUGAAUAUCUGCUAAAAACUGAAAAACUUACAGAAAUAUCCCAUUGCUGCAGAAUUAUGUUGAAGGACUUAGACGUAAUAUGUUCCUACAUGACAAAGGCAGCCAUUUUGUAGCCUGAUAAGUCAGAUGGAAAUGGAGGACAGUGACCACAUAUACGUGCACACAAACAGUCACAUACAUACCUAAACACACACACACACAUGCACAUGCUCAAACUCAUAUGCACACACAGCCACACACACACACACACACACACACACACACACACUCAGAGUGGUAGAUUUAUUGUGUUUUAUUAUUUCCUUGUUGACUAGAGGCCUGUGUGUGUUCUCUGGGGCUUCAGCACCCUCUUGCCCCUGUACCACUGUUCAUUUCCCAGUUUCCAUGUCUCAGUCCACCUGGCCUCCAUUAUGAUGUCAUUAUAUUUCCAGAGAAACUAAUAAAAUUACAUUGGAAAAAUA